AUGCCAAAUGCAGGAGGAUUGACAGACAGAGAGGCCGCGAUCGAUGCAAUAAUUCGAUUUGUCUGCUCCCUGGACAAUGGCGAGUCGGAACUUUGCGUGUCUGCCUUUACCGAGGACGUGGUGGUAACUCUCAACUUCUGUAAAACUGACAUGCAUUAUGAUCCAUCGAUCCGCAGAGACGAUGUCGUCGACGUAAUGAUGAAGAAAGUCGGCAAGCCACUUGAUACGAAUCAUAGUACCGCCGAUAUUUGCUGCACUGUGACCGGCAACUCGGCGGAAUUGACGACAUGUGUACUGGCGCAGCCUUUUCAAGGAGGGGAAGGCCCAAGCCCGGAGUUCCAAAGGUCCUACUUCUUCGGCAGCCACUACAAGACAACACUGGUGCGAGCAGGGGAAUUGUGGAGAGUCAGCACACUGUAG